AUGUCGUCUGCUUCGUCUAAGGCUUCCUCUCUGCCUUCUUCCUCUGCCCCUUCUCCAUCCGCUCCAUCAAGUUCCAUUAAGUCGUCCGCAAUAUCUUCUUCGUCUGCUUCAUCUAAGCCUUCUUCGUCGGCUCCGUCAAGCUCCAUCAAGUCUUCCUCUCAGUCCGCAUCUUCCACAUCAUCUAAAGCCUCCUCUCUCUCUUCUUCCUCCGCGUCUUCCUCAUCACCCACAUCGACUACACCCUCCUCAUCUUCCACCUCACCUGAGUCAUCCUCCGCCGCCGCAUCAUCCUCAACUUCAUCCGAACCACCCACCCCGACCGACGACCCCAACUGUGAGGAUAUCUCAGGCAACAAUUUCCCAGACGGGACACUCGCACCCUGGUACAUCUCAGACCAAGUAACAGCAGACUCAUCCGGCGUCGUAGCAGAAGGCCCCGAUGGCACCGAUCACGCCUUUGCUCUGAUUCCGUCGCAAGAUCAAUUCGCCCAGGUCUAUCUCAACCAGCAGCUACCAAGAUGCGGAGACCCUCCACCCAAGGUAACCGUCAAGGUCUCCUUUGACUAUCAAUUUACCGGCGAUUCUACCGGCUGCACGAUUGGAGCCAGUUUCAACCGCGAGACAACCAACUUCCUAGAAGUUGCGGAUGAUGGACAGUCCAAUGGCGUUUGGCAGCACUAUGCCGGUGAUCCUUCGGAAGUGCAGUUGACGUAUGAUUCGCUCUUCACACUGAAGCUGUCUUGUCCGAAAGACACUGCUAACAAGCCGGCGAUUCUUAUUACCAACAUUUAUGUAUAUCCAUAA